AUGGCUUUUGCUAGCAAGUUUGUACUUGUUUCAUCACUGUUGGUUGUGUUCCUCAUGAUCAACAUCAAACCAUCAUCGAGUCAAACUACAGACGAACUGAUCGAUGAGAUAUGCCGGGCCACAGAGGACUUCGGGUUUUGCACGGGAACUUUCAAUACACACUUGAAGGCCCCAAAUGCCGAUAUAGUUGCCCUGACCCAGAUAACCAUAGAGGUAGCAUCUGAUCAGGCAACCCAAACCCUUAGCUUUAUCCGGCAGACACUUACCACCACAACAGACCCGGCAUUGAAGAAAGCUCUUACUGAGUGUCAGGAUGCUUAUGCUCUAAUCACGCAGCAAUAUGGCUCGGCAGCGGUGGCAUUUUUCCAGAAGGACUACAGUAGUGUGGAGAAGGAUGAGCGCCCAACCGCUCGAGUAGAAGCGAGCUGCGAAGCGACACUCAGCGCGCCGCCGAAUAAUCAGCAGCACAUUCUGGACGAUAGAAGCAAGCAGAUGAGGAUUUUCAUUGUCAUGUCUGUGAAUGCAGUGGAGACACUCCUUCGAAUGAAAACAAGUGUUAAUUUAGCACAGGCUGGUGCACCUGCUCCGAUGUAA